AAAAUCAAAGCUGGUCUUUUUACUUUGCCAGAUUGGUCCAACCCCACCACCAACUACAACUCCCUUCAAAAACUGCCCCUUCCUUCUUCCCAUUCUCCACACCUCCAUCACCAUUCUCUCUCUCUCUCUCUCUGAUACUUACAACCAUUCAACAAUGGCUCAUGAAGAAGCAGUUCAAGUUCAGAAGCCUGCAGAGGAAGUGGUGGUUGUGGCUGAAGUUUCAUCAGGGCCUGAGAAGCCAUUACCAGCGAACGUAGACUCUGUUCCGGUGCCGGAAUCAGAGAUGCCGCCGGAAAAAGAAGGAGAUUCCGGCGAAGAGACAGCGCCAAAGGACUCAGAAAACGAAAACAUGAAGGAAGAAACCACCAUAGCUUCCGAGCUCCCUGAAACUCACAAGAAAGCACUCCAAGAAUUCAGAAAGCUCGUUCAAGAUGCUCUCAGAAACCACGAAUUCAGUGAUUCUCCCCCCAAAGAAGAUGCAAAAACGAAAACAGAAGAGAAGAAAACAAUCGGAAGCUGUAUUGAGAAGGAGGACACAAGCUCCGAGCCUUCAGUUCAAUCUGAAGAAUCCCAAACCGACGACGGAGCCAAAACGGUGGAAGCCAUUGCAGAGACCAUAAUCGCGGUUUCAACCUCGGAAGAUGCUAAAACCUCUGUUCAAUCCAACACAAGCCCAGAAAACCAGCAGCCGGAAGAAGCGGUGUCCAUUUGGGGGAUCAAACUCAUGGAAGACGACAAAACCGACGUAAUUCUCCUCAAAUUCCUGCAAGCCAGAGAUUUCAAGGUGAAAGAAGCGUUGACAAUGCUGAAAAACACCAUCAACUGGAGAAAAGAAUUCAAAAUCGAGGAGCUUCUAGAAGAAGAUCUGGAAACCGGGAGUGAAUGGGAGAGAGUUGUGUUCAUGCAUGGACACAGCAAAGAUGGGCACCCCGUAUGCUACAACGUUUACGGACAUUUCCAGAACAAAGAUCUGUACACAAACACCUUCUCCGAUGAAGAGAAGAGACAGAGAUUCCUGAGAUGGCGGAUUCAGUUUCUUGAGAAGAGCAUAAGGAAGCUGGAGUUCACACCUGGUGGGAUUUCCACCAUUGUUCAGGUCAAUGAUCUCAACAACUCUCCAGGGCCUGCUAAAUGGGAGCUUAGACAAGCUACCAAACAGGCCCUUCAUUUGCUCCAGGAUAACUAUCCUGAAUUCCUUGCCAAACAGGUGUUUAUCAAUGUGCCUUGGUGGUAUCUAGCAGUGAGCAGAAUGACCAGUCCCUUUUUGACCCAAAGGACCAAAAGCAAAUUUGUCUUUGCUGGCCCUUCCAAAUCAGCUGAAACCCUUUUCAAAUACAUAGCUGCCGAACAAGUGCCUAUUCAGUAUGGAGGACUGAGCAAAGAUGGAGAGUUUGGAACAGCUGAUAGUGUCACUGAAAUUACUGUUAAGCCCUCUGCCAAACAUAUUGUUGAGUUCCCAGUCACUCAGAAGUGCAUUCUGACAUGGGAGAUGAGAGUUGUGGGAUGGGAAGUGAGCUAUGGAGCAGAGUUUGUACCCAGCGCAGAAGAUGGGUACACUGUGAUAAUACAGAAACUCAGAAAAUUUGGUAACUCAGCCUGUGAAGAACAAGUGGUUUGCAAUAGUUUCAAGAUUACUGAACCUGGAAAAGUGGUUCUCACCAUUGAUAACCACACCUCCAAGAAGAAGAAGCUCCUCUAUCGUUUGAAAGCCAAACCUUCCCUUGAUUAACUUUUCCAAUGAAUUUCUUUUGUUUGUUUCAUGAAUUUUUUGUGUAUGUGGAAUGAAUGUAUUUGUUUCCCCUCUUUCUAGACUCUCUUUCCAUCAAUGUUUUUGUUACAAAUCCAAAUCUUACACCUUAAUUUAAUUGAAGUCUUAUAUAUUGA